GCUGCUGAAGAGUUGACGGGUUUGUGUCUGUGUUUCUGAUGAAAGUCACGGCACACUGAGCCUCUAUAAUGCGAUGCAUGUAUGAAUUGAACAUUGAACGUGAAAAAUGAGCUGAUGAGGAGUUUUCUGUUCUCUAAUGUCUGAUAUGUGAGCAUGUUGCUGUCAGAUGUUCCAGUGUUGUUUCCUCUGAGGUUUCCAGCACAAAGCGUGUCUGUGAUCAUCUCACCUCCUCAUUGUUCUGCCUGUGGUUUGUCAGUGGUGUGUUUCUCAGAAGAGUCUGUCGUUAAAUGUCAUGUGUGUGUGUGUGUGUGUGUGUGUGUGUGUGUGUGUGUGUGUGUUCAGAGCGCAGCUCCUCGGAUCCUGGCGUGUAUCCGGCCGCGGCGCCUCCUGUAGGACGCAGUCACACGGGUCAGCUCUUCUUCGAGUAUCUGCUGGUGGUCAGUCUGAGGAAGAAGAGGAACGAGGAAGAUUACGAGCCCCACAUCACCUACCAGUUCCCCAAGGUCAGACCACGUGAGGUAAUGGAGCGUCUGCAGCGCGAGGAAGAGGAGAAGUGCAUGAAAGCCGCUCAUCUCUUCUGCUUUCCAGAGGGAAUCAACUGGGCUCCUCUGACAGAAUACAGGAGCGAGACGUUCUCGUUCGUUCUGACUGAAGUGGAUGGCAGCCGAAGGAAUGGAUACUGCAGGAGACUGCUGCCGGCCGGCUGCGGCGCUCGUGUUCCGGAGGCGUACUGCAUCAUCAGCCGCAUGGCGUGUUUCGGACUCUUCUCAAAGAUCUUCGACGAGGUGGAGAAGCGGCGGCAGAUCUCUAAAGCCAUGAUCUAUCCGUUCAUGCAGAGCCUGCGGGAGGCGCCGCUGCCCUCGCCCGGAAACACCGUCAGCAUCAGCAGCUUCAUCCCGGACGCCGGCACAGAGAUCAUCAGUCUGACACGGCCGGCCGAGUCCUGGCUCGAACAUGUUGACUUCCGCACGCUCUUCCGCUGCCUGAACGAUGACGAGGUGCUGAUGGUGUUCGCCGCCACUGUCAUGGAGCGACAAAUCAUCUUCAUCUCUGAGGAGCUCAGCACUCUGUCGCAGGUUCUUCACGCUGUAGCUGCUCUGCUGUAUCCGUUCGUGUGGCAGCACACGUUCAUAUCAAUCGUUCCUACGGUUCUGAUCGACGUGUGCGCCGCGCCGACACCGUACCUGCUGGGAGUCCAGAAGAACCUGCUGGAGCAGCUGACGGACCACAGCGACCUGAUGAUUGUCGAUCUCGGCGUUAUGUUGUCAAUGGGAGACGAGGAGUCGCUGCUGCCUGCUAAACUGAAGGAGGAGCUGCUGUCGCGGCUGUCUGCGCGCAAACACCACGCCUCGACGGAGGAGCUGAACCGGCUGGUGUCGGAGGCCUUCCUGAGCGUCUUCGUCCGGAGCGUGGGUCACUUCUCGCAGCACGUCAGGAGGAGCGCGAGCUCGCGCCGGUUCCACAAGAAGAGCUUCCUGAAGGCCGUGGAGCACAGGUCACACCUGAACUUCGUCAAGCUCUUCAUCCAGACACAGAUGUUCGAUCUGUUCAUUCAGGAAGAGGAAGCGCAGCCCAACCCUAACGCGUUCUUUCACAGGAAGGUGUUGGAGUAUCACGAGAGGAAGAAGAAGGAGAAGACGAAGGCUGGAUGGGUGCGAGGUGUGGUGGUUUAGGAUGUCUUCACGUUCGUUCAGUGUUACGCUCCUCUCAGCCUUUCCUUAAUAACAUACUUCAAACAUUCCGUCAGUAUUUAAUGCUGUUUAUUUGUACACGGUUUUAACAUAAUAAAAUAUCAAGUGAAUUGAUACAUGUUAGUUUGAGAGUGCCGUAAGUGAUUUGAAACAGGAACACGUCCAGUUCAUAUCUGACCUUACUAAAGCUAAAAUUAGAAUUAUACAGCGUUAGUGUGAUUUUCAUUAUUGUGGCCGUUUAAUGUUUGUGUAUUCCUCAUUAUUUUCAGUGGCGAUUCUCAUUUAGUGUCAUUUUUGUAGUAUUGCAAUCAUUACAAUAAACAUUUUAUUUAAAUAAUUUAAAAAU